AUGGCGAAAAGGAAACGGGGUGGCACGUCGCCGAAGAAGAAGUCCAACGACUCGGAUGAUGACCGCAAGCCCAAGAAGUUUAAAGAAGGCGACAAGAUCGAGGCCCAGUACAAGGGCAAGUCCAAGUUCUACCCCGGUGUCAUCUCUCGGGCUCGCCUGAACGGGACGUACGACAUCGACUACGAUGACGGCGAGAAGGAAACUGGAGUCGCUGCCGAGCUCAUUCGAGCCAAGGGUGGUUCGUCUCCAAAGAAGAAGUCGAACGACUCGACCGACGACGACAAGCCAAAGAAGUACAAGGAAGGCGACAAGAUCGAAGCGCAGUACAAGGGCAAGUCGAAGUUCUACCCCGGCGUCAUCUCUCGGGCUCGCCUCAACGGAACGUACGACAUCGACUACGACGACGGCGAGAAGGAGACGGGUGUCGCUGCUGACUUGAUCAAGCUCAAGGGUGGGGCAUCUCCAAAGAAGAAGGCGUCCAGCACGGACGAUGACGUUUCGAAGAAGGAUUUUCGAGAAGGCGACAAGAUCGAAGCGCAGUACAAGGGCAAGUCGAAAUUCUACCCUGGUGUCAUCUCACGAGCUCGCCUCAACGGCACUUAUGACAUCGACUACGACGAUGGCGAAAAGGAGACGGGCGUCGCUGCUGAGCUCAUUCGGAAAAAGGGUGGCACGUCACCGAAAAAGAAGUCCAACGACUCGGACGAUGACAAGCCGAAGAACACCGCCUCGUACCGCGUUGGUGCUAAAGUCGAAGCGCAGUAUAAAGGCAAGAAGGAAUAUUUCAAGGGCACGAUCACAAAAGAUUAUGGCGACGGCCGCUACGACAUCGAGUACGACGACGGUGACAAAGAGUUCAAAGUGUCCAGUGGGCUCAUGCGGCCGCUCAAAGCGGCGCCGGCCGCGCCGAGCGCGUCGCGCGGUCUCUCGAACUUCCAGCGGCUUGCUGCGACGUCGACCAAGAAGAAGAGCGGGAAUAGCUCCGACUAG